AGAAAUAGAAAGCAAUCCACUUCGAUAGACUGAGAGAUAAUCUUCAAUGUACGGCGGAGCUCCGUCGGGCGGAAUAGGAAUCGGCGGUAGUAGUAGUGGAGGAAGAACAUGGCCGUCGACGACGUCGGUGUCUAGUUCCGGUAAGAGAAUACAGAAGGAAAUGACUGAACUAAGCAUAGAGGCACCACCAGAUUGUGCAGCUGGGCCUAAAGGCGAUAAUCUUUACCAUUGGGUUGCUACCCUCUUCGGCCCACCUGGAACACCUUAUGAGGGUGGAAUAUAUUUUCUUGAUAUAACCUUCCCUUCUGAUUAUCCAUUUAAACCUCCAAAGGUUGUAUUCAAAACUCGCAUAUAUCAUUGUAAUGUUGAUCCUUCUGGCAAUGUUAGCUUGGACAUCCUAGCAGAUAACUGGAGUCCAGCAUUAACAAUCUCGAAAGUACUACUUGCUCUGAGAUCAAUGUUCACCACUCCAGAAACCUAUAAGCCCGUUGUUCCUGGUAUUGCACACUUAUACUUUGAAGAUAAAACCAAACAUGAUGAAAUAGCUACAGAAUGGACACUGCGAUUUGCAAGGUGAAAAAAAUGAAUUCAAUGUGGAAUUUUCUUAACAAGUUCUGGUCAGCCACCUGCUUAGUUUGAAAUUCUCCCUACAGUUACUAGUUAAUAGACAUUUAAGAGCUGUUGUAGACUUGUAGGUGAUAUUUAAACUUAACGUCUGUAUAUAAUACAUAUAGACAGUAAAAAAAAGCAAAAAAAAGAUAAAUUAGACUUCCGGUAGCUAAUGUUUCAAUUUUCCGUUGAGCCCAAUGGCCUUAUUUGUUCUAUUUAAAUU